AUUUCUUUUUUUGACACACCCAUUUCAGAAGCAUUUACUCUUUUUGCAUGUGGAAACAAAUCAAAGAACUCGGUGGAUCCUGCAGUUAGUGUCCUGUGCUCAGAAAAAAAAUGACUUCCUAUCUGUGGAUUUUACUUUUUGGAGUGCUUGUGAUAACCAAAGCUCAGGAGUUGGAUCUUGGAGAUGCCUUAGGAGGGGAUGAUGAACCUACACCUAAACCAGCUGAACCACCCAAGACAGGAGGAGGCGAGUUGGAUCUUGGAGAUGCCUUCGGAGGGGAUGAUGAACCUACACCUAAACCAGCUGAACCACCCAAGACAGGAGGAGGCGGCCUUGACCUUGAAGAUGCUCUCCUUCCAGACCUCGAAGACCCAGUAACUGAAGCUCCAAAGCAACCUGUCAUUCCACCAAAUGAUGGAGGUGCCUUUAGUGAUUCAGAUCUUAAUAUUGAUGGACACAAACCUGAUCCUGGCCAAGGGGGUCGGUCUAGAGCCAAUUCUGGGGACACCACAGAUUUUCAAGAUGACCAACCUAAAGAACCAUACCCGCAGUGGCUGAAGCUCCUGACGUUGCUACGGCGGCCGAAGGCGGGCAGAUGGCGGGCAUCAUUAGCGCUGUGGCAGUGGCCAUAUUUGGCGCCGCGUCCAGCUAUUUCGCUUACCAGAAGAAGAAACUCUGCUUUAAGGGGCAAGGAGGAACCGACCCUGAGAGUGGUAGAAACCAAGCUGGCAAUCAGUCUGAUCCACAAGCUUAUAGCGACCUCCUCCGAUCGUCCUAACUCCUGAUGGAUCGGCACACACCAGCUGAGGCCCCAAGAGGACAUGUUUAAUCAUUCUAGUCUUCUUUUACGUGUUAUAGUGUGUUAUUUGACUGUUUUUUUUUGCUUGUUAGUUGUGUAAAUUGGUCCAACUCGUGUUUCUUCGUCGAAGAAUGUGUAUAUUGCAGAAUUUGCUUUAAAACAUGAAGUGCUCUAUUGUCACCUGCUAGCAAGCACAUAUGACUUUUGGUUUGACUUUGGAUUAUUUUGUUGCAGACAAAUCAGUUAACUAUAGCUUUAAGGAGAAAAAAAUGUGUUUAUAUAUAUAUAUAUAUAUAUAUAUAUAUAUAUAUAUAUAUAUAUAUAUAUGAAAUACAGAUUUGCUCAGUAAGCUUACAGUAAUACAGGUGAAUUUACAUUCUCAUCAAACAGGGUUUCUGUGCACUGGGAACUUCAUCGCUUAUUUUUUGCUAUUCGAGACAUUUUAGUCGACUCCACUAACCAUCCGUUUAGUAAUCUGAUUCGUUUCAAGGAGCAUUCCUUUUUCAUUUCGACACUCUGAUCAUUUAAACACUUGGACAGCUUUACAAGUACUAUUUCUAGCUGUAGGUGGUAUUUAAAAUCUAUAAAAAAAAAUUGAAAAUUAGAAAAAUUAGUGAUUGUUUUAUGUAUAGUAGUAGUGUGUGUGAGAGAGAGUGAGAGAGAGAGAGAGAGCGUGUAUAUGUUUUAUAAUACCUGUUAACACAGUGUGUGAUGCCUGGAUGCUGCCUUUACUUUACGGACGUUCUUCCUGAUAUGGAAGGAUUUCAUGUUUCUUGGUGUAAAGUACUGUAUCACUUUUUGCUAUGGAUGUCAGUACGUUUUUUUGAUUUGUCUGUAACUCUUUACUUGAACCCUGCAUCAUUAAACAGACAUGAUCCGAAGAUAAACAUUA